ACUGCCUGCCAUAGACCGCGUCACCACUACACCGGGCAAUCACCGUUGUGCAGGACGUACUAUAAUAUUAUUAUAAUUGUUAGAAUUGUUGUUAUUGUUGUUAUAUUAUCUGCAAUCCGGUUCAUCAUACUUAUCUGGACUUUAACUGAAGUUCUACGAUCGACGUUAACCACGUAAGACCGAUCUGCAGGACAAGGGAUUUUAUACUAUAAUAUCUGGGUGAAUUAUGAAUACCGUACCAGCGAGUCGCCAAGUGUUCAGAGUGUUGGCUUUUGCUGCCUUAGCACAGAGGACGGUCUGGUGUCAGUACUUUAGCGAGUCAAUCGGAGACGGCCGCGGAGGUAGUCACAACGAUGAACUUCACGAAGAGCAUCAAGUGAAACCGCUGUACAAGUAUGGGUACUGGGUGCACGACCCGAAAACGAAGGAUGUGAAGAACCACUGGGAGCACAGGGACGGGGACACGGUGCACGGGUCGUACUCGCUGCUGCAGCCGGACGGUCACAUGCGCGUGGUCGAAUACACGGCCGACAAGCACAACGGGUUCAAUGCGCACGUCAAGUACAUGUACGAGGGACACGGUGGAGGCAGCGGCGGCGGUGGAGGUGGUGGGGGCGGCGGGGGUGGCGGACUGGACGAUUUCGGUGGGGGUGAUUUCGGCCAGCACUUGGACGACCUGCCGGGCGGUCAUUCGCAGCAGACAGGCCGGCCCAAACAGUCGUUGAACAAGUACUACAAGAAAUCGCGAGUGGAGAAGCACGGCGGCCCGAAGAAACCGAAUCAUUUCGACGGCGGCCGGCCCAAGUCAGCGGGCGGUGGUUACAGAAAACAGCAACGUCCGCCGGUGGCAUCGGUGGAACAGUCGACCGAUCUCUACAGCGGCGGAGGCGGCGGUGGUAGGCCGAACGGCCAUUUCGACCAGCUGUCCAGUCGGUUCCCGUCAGUCGGCGGUGGCAGUCCCGAACAGUAUCAAGUGGGCCCUGUAGGCGGUGGCGGUAGCAGCCCGUUCGGAUACUCUUUCGGCGAUCAGGGCCCGAACGGUCAGCCGUCGGAUCAUUACACGCGCAAGUACUCGACGCUGCCCGCGUCCGCCGAGACGUACAACACCGGCGUCCAGUACCAGUCGUCCGAACACGAUCCGGUGCGCCUCCGGCCUGACGUUACUACCGAGCAACAGGCGCAGGGUUCACGCGCCCCCGACAGCAGCGACACGACAGAUGACCCUAUGCCGGAGACGAAGCGUGACGACAGGGACGGGGACUCGGCCGAGGUGAGGGUGCAGAAACAGCCGCUGAUGGAAUUCCACUUCGAAGAGCCACCGUACCCGUUCGAGUUACCUGACGGCUUCCACGCCGCAGCCGUCCGACCGGGCACGUUCCGCGCGCCGCACCGGAAACGACACUUGACCCAACCCGCGUCGCCCCGUCACCUGAUCGCCUCAUCGUAUUUCCCCAAUUGGUUCGGCACCACUUUCCGUGACUUUGAUUUUCCCCGAUGAUGACUUUUACUUGUAAUCGCGUUUCCUUUCCAUCCUACCGCCACUCCUUAAUUACCCUAAUCCAUCGUUCCAGUUUCCAAUUUGUUUUUUUCGUUGUCAUUUUGUCAUUCGCUCUAAGUGUAUAAUUAUUUUUUUUUUCAUUUUUUAUUGUUGAGAUUAAAUGUUGUUGUUUUUUUUUUUCUUUGUACAGCGUUACUAUAAUUUAUGAUCAACAUAUUAUGUAAGACUUAAUUAAUACGUAUUUGCAAACGAAUUGUUAUUCUUGUAUUAAAAUUAAAUAUGUGUGAUCAUUGGAUAUUUCAUUUUCCAUCUGGAAUGCAUUUACAAGAAUGUAUGGUUGUGUAAAUAAAUACAGAAUUUUCCUAAUAUGAGAAUAUUAUUAGGGUUUAUGUUAAAUACAACAUUAUCACAGUCAACACAAGCUACUUAUAAAAUUAAAAAAAAAA